AUGAACAGAAAACAACGCAGAAGUUCCAAGAAGCCUCUUGGCAACUCUGUUCAAUUGGGGCAUAUUCUGGGCUCUGGAUCAAACAAAAUAAAGAAAAAGAUCCGGGACAUCGAACGUCUGCUACAGAAAAAGAAGGAUGUGCUACCUGACACAGUUUUAAUCGAAAAGGAAAGAAGCUUGGAAGCACUGCGAUUUGAGCUCAAAAACGCCGAAUUGCGGGUUAAAGUUCAAAACAAUGCCAAAAAAUAUCAUAUGGUUCGCUUUAUCGAGCGUAAAAAGGCCCUCAGGCGUUAUAAGCAGGCCGUCAAGAAUAACGAUAAAGACGAGAUUCGCGAUAAAGCAGUGGAAUUAUGCUACGUAGUAAAUUUCCCAAAGACGGAAAAAUACAUUGCUCUGUACCCCACGGACGACAAUGAACAUGGCGAUGAAGAUGAGGAGACCGAUGUUAAUGAAAAAAGUCAGGAAAAAACGGAAGCGACCAGAAAGCUUUAUCUUGAGCUUGUCAAGGCUAUCAUGGACUCUGGCGACCUUCCGGUAUCUUUACCUGAUAUCUUGAAGGGCCAAAAACUUGGAAGAGACGAUAAUGGUUUACAAUUGCAGCAGACCAACAAGCCUGGCUCAGGAGAGAGCGGUGAACCUCAGUUCGGAACAGGUAAACAGGAUGAGGAGGACGACGAAGACGAUUUCUUUGAAACCUAG